AUGUGGGAGAGCUUCCGCGACCUCCUUUAUCGUAACCCUAACCAUCGGUUUACUGAAGAUCUCCUCAAAGCUGGUCUUAUACAAAUAUUUCUUGCACUUGACUACCUACACACUGAAUGCAAGCUUGUCCAAACAGACAUUAAAAGCGAUAAUAUUCUCCAGGAAAUAGAAGACAAGUCCAUCCUUGAAAGUUUUACCCAAGCUGAGCUGAAAAGCCCUUCACCCCGCAAAACCGUCAAUGAUUUGCCGAUCUACGCGUCGCGACGGUUUGACCUGCCGAAGGUAUUUGGCCGAGCAGUUUUAAGUGAUUUUGGCUCUGCUGUACAAGGAGUCGAGAGGAGGAACCACGAUGCACAGCCAAAUAUUUACAGAUCACCGGAAGUAAUGCUGAAGACUGACUGGAGCUACCCGGUUGAUAUAUGGAAUGUCGGUGCCAUGGUGUGGGAUUUGUUUGAGGGGAGACAUCUUUUCUACGGAAAUGACCCUGAUGGCAAAGGGUAUUCGACUCGGGCGCACCUUGCAGAAGUUAUGGGUUUUCUAGGGCCACCUCCUUUAGAUAUGCUCCAACGUGGGAAACGAAGCCAUGAAUUCUUUACAAGCGAUGUGUACUUAGCAAAGGCUUACGAAGACAUUCUUACAGGGAAAUGGAAACAGGACAUAGAAAUUCCGACGGGGGUCAGUCUGGAGCUGUCGGAAGAGUUCCUCGACGGAAAAAAUAAGGAGAUGUUUAUAGCUUUUAUGAGAGGGAUGCUUCAGUGGCGACCUGAAGAUAGGAAGACAGCGAAGGAGCUACUUCAGGACCCAUGGCUGAAUGAUUAG